AUGCCGAACACUGCAGCACCUCCCGCGCUGCUGCCCCCUCCCUCCAAUCAGGGUCCCGUUGGUCCUGAGAAAGAACUGAGCCCGGGAGAGUACUCGUCCGGAAUUGACUCGGAUAACGAGCUUCUUGGCCCCAAUGGCUCGCGAGCUUUGAAACGGAAGCGACCCCUCACCGUCUCAUGUGAACUAUGCAAGCAGAGAAAGGUCAAAUGCGAUCGAGUCCAGCCCAGCUGUGGCUGGUGUACUCGCAAUGGCCAGAUGUGCGAGUACAAGGAGAGAAAGAAGCCUGGUCUGCGAGCUGGCUAUGGAAAGGAGCUAGAGCAGCGGCUUGACAGAUUGGAGGAAAUCAUCCAGUCGCAAGCCCGUCUCAUUGAGAUGCAUGUCCUACAGAGCCAGUCCUCAAUGGGACAUGAGAUGGUCCCGGCUGGCUCACUAUCUUAUAGCUCCCCAUCGGAACCCUCGGCUGUCCACGGCCCUAGUCCCCGCACCGCACUUUACUUCAACGAUCCUGCUUCCUCGGUGACCCUACCCUCUCGUCGAGCAGAUGUUUCGAUUACCAGCCCGUCGGAUACCUCGGUGAAGAACUUGGUUCAAAACAGCCUUCAAAAUGGAGGAUCAGCACCUUCGAUGAGCUCGUUGCCGUCUGCCCCCAACGCACAAACCAAUAACGACUAUACUGGGAAUGAAUCCUCAUUGACAGUCCCCGUCAACCUCUUCGGCAACCAAGAGCAGUCAUUGGCAGAUCCUGACUUGGAUCUUCCACCAUACGAUCUGCUGUAUGCGUUGGUUGAUCUCUAUUUUGAGCACAUCAACUCCUGGUGCCCGAUUCUUCACCGCAGGUCAACAUUGGAUACUUUCUUCGGCCCGUCCCCACUGGAGGAGGCAGAUCGGAUGGUUUUGUAUGCCAUCGUGGCAACAACACUGCGCUUUUCGUCCGAUCCCCGACUCAACGAUCAGAACCGAAAGCGUUAUCAUGACUCUUCCAAGCAGAAGGUCCUUCUCUAUGGUUUGGAGAAUUCAUCUGUGAAAGCUUUGCAAGCCCUCGUUAUACUUGCGAUAGACUUGGUUGGAUCAUCUAACGGUCCUCCGGGUUGGAAGCUGCUCGCUCUGAUCACACGAUCCGUGGUCCAGCUAGGGUUGGCCGUAGAGUCCAAGUCAUCUCUCAUUGCUCCAGUGUACCCCUCCAUCUAUACAUUGAGAGCAGUGACACUCUCAGAGCCUGACUCCUGGAUCGAGGACGAGAGCCGACGGCGUUUGUUCUGGAUGGUUUACUUGUUGGACCGGUAUUCAACGAUCGCCACUGCUUUCAACUUUGCACUGGACGAUAAGGACAUCGACCGCAAGCUUCCCUGCAAGGAAGAGUUUUUCAUGAAAAAUCAGCCCGUUGAGACGAGACGAUUCCACUGCUCCAGUGAUCGUGCCGACUAUCUCAGCCACGCAGAGAAUAUUGGGUCUUUCGGACUUUACAUGGAGAUUCUCGGUAUUCUGUCACGCAUCCAUCUGUUUUUGAAGCGGCCUGUGGAUAUCGGUUCGCUUUCCGACGUCGAGGAGUGGCAGGCAACCUACCGCAAGCUGGAUAGUGAGCUCACGUCAUGGGAGUUUAACCUGCCUGUUGAGUAUGCGUACGAGAACUCGUCGAGGCUCUUUGCCGCAGGAAAACAGAGCCGAUCUGUCCAUAGCGACUGGGUUCAACUCCAUGCUACCUAUCAAACAGCUGUGAUCCGCUUACAUUCAUCUGCCGCGUACCCAACAACCCGUUCGCCCAUCUUCACCCCCCUCAUACAGCGCCAGCCAACGGUGCCUCUUAGCAGUCGACAACAUCCUAUCAGACCCCCCUUCGCAUUCACCCUCUGGGUCUCAGCCCGCCUCCUGCUCGUCCACGGCUCAACAAUCGCCCACACAGUCAGCCAUGACAUCCUCUUCUUCGUCGACACCCUCGCCCACCUGGGACAAUACUGGAAAGUCGCCGAACGCUACAGCAACAUCCUCCAACGCGUCCUAGACGAAUACGGCGAAUACCAACAAUCCGCCGCCACAGACGGCGAACGCUCAACACCCUCCACCGUCAAAAUCCUAGCCGACAUGCGCCGCUGUGCAUUCGACCUCGACUUCCUGAUCUCUCGUCAACCCCGCGAGUCCCCCUCCAGCAUGAGUAAUGGUGGAACCGAGGCCCCGCGUCCUCAAACCUCUGCUGUCACCCCGCGGAACCUGGCGCCCAAUGAAUUGGAGUACCUGGAUGUCUUUGGAUUCUUUAAUGUACCGCGUGUCCCGCCAGCUCGUGCACCGGAUCCGAAUUCGACUAAUCCUGCUGGCCAUUUGGAUAUGUCCGAGUCUGUGCCGAAUCCUAUGUCUAUUCAUGGACUUACGGGUACUGGGCCCGUUGUUGAUGGGAAUGGCUCGGCGAAUACGAAUGAGUUUAAUAUCACCAAUUAUCUGAUUCCCACGCCGGAGACGGAUUGGUUGUUCCGGCCGGGUGGAUGA